AUGAUUUUUAUUGCAACAAAGAUCAUUGUUGGCAUUCAUGUCUUGAUAUAUUUUGGUACAAGUCUGGUCGUUUGUAAUGAAGAUAUCCCGUUUUGUGACAAGCGGUUGAAAGAACUGAGAAAAGACGAGAAAGACUGGAGUGGAAGAUGCUUGAAUGGUGAAGGUGAAAAUCUUGCUACACCGAGCUGUGAAGCGGAGAAAGAAUACAAUCACGAGAGGAUGUGUAUGUACACAAAUAUAUGCUUUUAUAAAGGUAAUAUUAGACUGUAGCUUAAGCUUACUUAAGACGAAGUACAGGGGCUUUAAUGUUUUCAUCUCUCCGAUGCAUCAAAGUAAAGUCCAUUGGUAGUAAUACACAUAGUUCCAGGAAAGAAUCUAUAUUUCCGGUUGUGAAAAGCAUUUUUUUUAAUUAAAGCGCAUCAUGCAUGCUGACUGUAGAAUUAUUUUAGUAAAGUACUUAUUCAUACGAAGGUAUUUUGCUUUCAGACUGAUUCCUUUUAAAACAUAUGAAAAUCAAUAUGUAGUCUGCUCACAAAAUGAUCUUCUUUCUUUUAAAAAUAUAUUGCAGUUAUUUCUAUUACUUUUCGGUUUAAUGGUUUCAAAAAUAGCAUAACCAAUAAAUAUUUCUAAUUUUACCACGAAAACACAAAUGUUAGGGGAUGAAUUACAUUCGCUUAAAUCGUUCGCCAAAAAUUUCUGAAAUUCGUUCCUCGCGUCACGUCACGUAAUGUUAUGCAUGAAAUGAUUUCUUUUCGGCGUUAGUGUUGAUUGAAAUUUCUUUAAAUAAAUUAAUUCAUAAAAAUGUCCUUGAUGUUCUAAAAUAUAUUAUAGAAACGUCGGCUUUAUAAAGAACCAAAAAAGUCAAUUCUGCCACACCUCUGUACUCUGUCACACUCAGCCAAUCAGCUUGGAACGGGUUGAACGUGCUUUGCUGAUUUACUGUUCCACAAUAGACGCCAGAAAUCGUUCGAAAACCAGAUAUACGCUAUUAACGUGAGGCUAUCAAGGCAUAUCACUGGGCUUUACAUAUAGCAUAGCCUGCGAACAGGCUCUCAAUUCAGCUUGAGAGCCUGUUCGCAGGCUACAUAUAGCAUAUUUGGAGAUCAAUGUAAAGCAGAAGAUCUCGCAAGAACCCCUUGUAACAAUUAUACGCGUGGGAAUAAUAGUUUGAAAAAGCGGGGCAUUCCAUUGAUGUUGAUGUAACUUUUCCGCGCGCAGACCAUAUUUCCCGCAAAAACUGUUUCUGGUCGAUUAACUUAGAGAAAAUUUCUGAGUUUAAGCUGAUUUCUAUCGUUUAUUUUAAUGCAUACAUGUAUAGCUUAUCUUCUAAGCAUAGCAAGGUUUCACUUUUUUCUUUCACUUGCGUGUGAAGCAGCCUUCUCAUUACGUGAUUCGUCAGUUUUGCAUUGCACACUUUUACUGCGCAUAUCUAAUAACAAAUUCUAGCUAAUUAACCCCUGUAUCUCUUUAAAAAGGUUCGUGACCCUAUUUAUUUUAUAUUUUGUCCUACAUUUUACAUGUCAUAUCAGAAAAUAAGAAAAAAAUAUUUCUAUACAACUUAUAAUAUUUUACAUUUUUCGCGCAUGCUCCCCAAAAUAACGUGUCUGUCACCUUUGCACCACGACAAUGCACGUCAAUGGUUUUUGAUUUUAAAAGAUUAAAAUACCAUGUUUUCUUGUAUAUAAUCACUAGAUAGACAUUUUUAGUAGAACCUUGUUAAAAAAGUUCAGUAACGGUUGAGCAAUUACGAUUGUUCCUGUAACUCGUAAAAGGGUCAAGACGGCACCAUGUUGCACUUGUCAUAUCUUCGCAAUGGGUUCGAUGACCUCAACUUUUCUCUGUUUUUACUAUGAGCAUAUAAUAGACCCAUGGGAAGUUUCAGCGAAUUCUCAUUUCCAGAACAAUUACCGAUGAAUCACCUGAAGCGCUUGUGUUUAUAAAGCGAUCUUAUAACAACAGUUCAAUGCAUGAACUCUACAAAUAGUUUGUACUGAUACGUCACUCUUUCUCCAGGACCCUAUGCUGAGCCUUACUUGCUGAUCAAAUCAAAGUCUGAAAUCCACGCCAUUGAUUUGACAACCCAGGACAGAACUGUCGUCAUCGGUGGAAUUGCAGGCAGGGCGAUGGAUAUUGACACAGUGGACAACAAAUUAUACAUCGCAGACAACAACAGCAUAUCCCGGGUGAACUUGGAUGACAUAUGCGUAGAAGUCAUUUUACAGAAUGUUCGUGUUCGUGACAUGGCUAUCGACUGGUUGGCACGUCGUCUAUUCUGGACUGAAUAUUUAGAAAAGCAGAUUUUCGUUGCAGAUUUGGGUGUUAAAAAGAAACUCGUGUUUAUAAAGAGAACGAGUUAUCCGUCCGGUAUAGCAUUUGAUGCAACAUUGAAGUAA